AUGGGGAAACUUCACUCCAAACAUGCUUGUAAACGUCGGGAAAAUCCUGAGGGAGAUAGUUUUGUUGUGAAUGGCUUCAUUGCAAAAAGAGCAGCUGAAGAGAGUGAGCGAUACGGCAACAAUCUGAAAGAUUAUAAGAACGAAGAGCUGAAGGACGGCCGGCCGACGCUGCUCCACUGCCCUCUACAGGUGGUUUUGCCUCCAGAGAAAGCUGAAGGAUGUGAGAGUUUUCUUCAGUAUUUGUCGCCUGAUGAUGGAGAACGAGACGCGCAGAAAGUGAAGAAGCGCAUCAGCCUGCAGGAUCUGGAGUGUAACGUGUCUCUGGCUGAAGACAACAGACAGGAGUGGGUUUUCACACUCUACGACUUUGACAACAGUGGAAAAGUCACAAAAGAGGACAUGUCCAGUCUGAUGCACACUAUCUAUGAUGUGGUGGACGCCUCGGUCAAACACUCCUGUAACAGCAAACGCAGGAGCCUGAGGGUCAAACUGAGCGUCACAUCAGAACCUGCAGCUCGCCGGAGAGACGCCACACACACUGAAAGAGAAACGAGUCAUUUGAGUCAAGUUGAACCUGUUCGUUCAGAGGAGCAUCGCAGCGCAGACAGACGACAGAGCACACACAUCAGAGGCCAGACUGAGGCUCAUGAGGGAAACCAUUACUGUGUGGAUGAAAACACAGAGAGAAGAAAUCAUUACCUGGAUCUGGCAGGAAUAGAGAACUACACGUCUAGAUUUGACAGUUCAUCUCCGGAUGCUGAUCAGGAUCCCCCGUCUCGCUCUUCACACAGUCAAAGUCGCCCCCAUUCACAGGAGCCCGAAACACAUGUUUAUCAGCGCCGCUCACAGCUCAUGGAGCCCUGUGUGGCCCCGGACCCCCGCCUGCGCACCGGCCCCCAGCUCAUCAGAUCAAGAUCCCCUAAAGGGUCGUCCAGAUUUCCUGGUGUCAUCCCGAAUGUGACCAAAACCAGCAAGUGCCACGGACACCAUCAGCCCAUACCGACUGGUCAGGACGUUUAUCAUCUAACCCAGCAGAACCACACACACGCACACACCCCGAGCGGCCUCCAGCACAGCCACAGCAGGAGGAUCAGAUCCAGAGCCCGAGAACAGCAGGCCCUGACACCGGUCAAAAACACCAACGCUACUGCACUGGUCCAGAGACACGAACACCAUCACCAUCACGAACACCACCAUCAUCACCACUACCACCACUACCACCAGACAUGA